AUGGUCUCCUUUAUUCGUAUUAAUCUUGUUUCUGGAUCGUGGGAUCAAACACUCCGUGUCUGGGACAUUGUCCACGGGAAAUGCCUUCACAUUUUGGCUGGCGAGGCGUGGGUCAGUUUUGUGAAAUUUGAUGGAGAACGGGUUGUAUUUGAUGGCCAAGCUUUUGCCGUAAACGUUUGGAAUGUACACACGGAAGAGUGUUUGCACAUGCUGACCGGUCACACGGAAAGGAUCAAUUCUCUUUUGUUUGAGCCAGAGCGCGAUCUUGUCGUUUCGGGCAGUCGUGACGGAACUAUUCGCGUCUGGGAUGUGCAAAGAGGAACAUGCAUCGCAAAUAUUGUCUUUCAUGAAGGGUCACGGCUCAGUGGUUACUUUGGGAUGCAGCUUCGCGGAAACAUUUUGGCCUGCUAUUACGCCUCGGAAGUUAAGGUUUGGGACAUUCGUGAGGGUGGCUCGUGCCUUCACCACUUACAUGACGUAAAUGGUCGUACGUCGGCCAUCACUUCAUUACAAUUGCUCGACUCCGGCCUUUUGGUGACAGGUUCGAUUAAUGGCUCGGUCAUGCUCUGGGAUGUGGACAAAGGUAUCUUUGUUCGUGAUCUCAUUCGUCUUCCAUUGGUUGACCAUCGCCAUUAUUAUUGGAAUCUCGAAGCCUCUGAAACAUUACUCGUCUGUGGAGUUCGAGUUUGUGAAGACCGAUCGUUAGAUGAGGCGAAGAUCAUCUUGAUCGAUUUUGACGCAUCAUAUCCA